AUGCAAAUCAAGCUUACUCUUUUUAUUAUCUGUGCUUCUCUUGUCGCUAUUGGCUUUGCUGCGCCUGCUGUCCCAGGUUAUCCUAAUGGAAAUAACGGCGAAGAAUCUCUUAUUAAACCAGAUGCUGAAGAUUUACUGGCCGUCUCUUUGAAGAAACGUCGGUCCUCACCGGAAAAUCUCAAGGGUGGAUCUUCAUUUACCUGA